AUGUCAGUUUGCAGCAGUAUGCCAGCCUCAACUGUGUUUAUCUGGAACGAGCUGUUCGAAAACAUUUCUGUGCCCGCCCAGGCUUCCUGCACGAGAGCCAUCCGGACUGCGCAAGCAGUCGUCAAGGAUCUGGGUGAGGAGAAGGCUGGCGAGAUAGGUGGGCUGCUCCGGCUUUCGAAGUGCUCGACAAAGAACCCUGAAAGGGAUGCUCAUUCUGUAUUGUCGAAGCGGCUGGGUUUAGCUCUUGAUAUUCCAAUUCGGACAAUUUCGGUGACAAGCGAAGAGUGCGAAGAUUCUGAUACAACGCAUUUGGAAAUUCAGAGGCUGUCCCUCGUUGACUGGGCUUCCCUUCUGCUGAAAACGAACACAUGGCAUAUUCUUGCGGGCCUUUUGAAGCCUGAUGCCAAACGUGAAAGAUGCAUAUGGACAGCAUUCUGGAAGGCCUACGAAACUCUUGAACCGGCUCACCCCGUUUUUGCGAUGGCGCGAAGCAACCAGAUCGACCUCAGUCGCACAGCGGCUGUUGUCCUACACGGCGACGAAGGACGAGGACGACGAAGACAGGCCUUUAUGGUAUUGUCGUUCCACUCGCUGUUGGGCAGAGGUACGAAUAGUGCAAACAGGAAGUCCGUGAAGAAGCCUUAUUUGAAGAUGAAGCUGAAUUACAAAGGACACACCUACUGUUCGAGGAUGCUCGCAGGCGUACUUCCGAAGCGCUUGUACCAGGACAAUGACGAGGUUUUCCAGGCCUUGUUGAGGGCAACGUGUGAGGAUGCCCGCACCAUGAUUUCAGAUGGAGUGCUGAGUAACACCGGAGAUCGUCAUUGGAUUGCAUGCUUGUCGACGGUCGGCGAUUGGCCGUUUUUACAGAAGGCCGGCGGCUUGACACGCACUUUCAAUAAUGUGGUGAAGCGGGUUGAUCAAGUUGCUUCUGGUAUUUGUCACUGGUGCGACUGCGGUCCGGAUUCCUUACCUUUCGAGCGUUUUUCUACAAGGCGACCGGAUUGGAUGGGAACUUUGUUUACCACUUCACCAUUUCUUCAGUCGCCGGCUUCGUCAGUGAUUCCCCAUGCUCCUGGCAAACUCGCUUCCACUUUCCAGUUUGACCUUUUUCAUAAUUGGCACCUGGGAGUGGGGCGCAACUUUUCUGGAAGUGCCCUGGUGCUCCUAAGCGACUUGCAUGAUGGAAACGUGGAGGAACGUUUCGCUCAAGUGACCAUUCAGUACAAAGACUGGUGCAAACGAACAGGUCACUCGCCAAUCAUGAGCAAGAUCCACAAGGACAACAUACAACGGGGUUCGACUUCCGAGUUUCCGACCGGGACGUGGUUUAAGGGCGGUGUCACGACGAACAUGGUGCUUUUCUUCGAAGAUUGCAAAGAUUUUUGCAUUUCAAGAAAGCCGGACUCUGUUCGUUUUGCAGCCGAAACUUCACACGACUUCGUGGGACGCCAGAGUCGCUUAUCCAGACGGGUAGCGCCGCAGCAAGCGAUCAAGAGAGUGAUCGAACGGUACUUACAGGCGGCAUACUCGGAGUUCGUGGCGUCUGGGUACUUCGUGCUGCCGGCGAGCUGA